AUUACUGCGAUUAUUGUGACCGAAUUUUUCCUGAUAAUGCAGAGGCUAGAAAAAAUCAUAUAGAAGGAGCAAAUCAUCAAAAUAACGUAAAACUUCAUUAUGAUUCUUAUAGAGACCCUGUUGAGUUAUUGCUGGAAAAUAGCAAAAAGUCACCUUGUCGAAAAUUUAAUGAAACUGGAUAUUGUCCUUUCGGUUUAAGUUGUAAAUACUCUCAUGUUCCAUAUGGAACAGAUUUCUCUGUAGUUGAUCCUCAUCUAUACUUGUCCCAAAAUCCCAUUCUUCUUCAACAACGACGUCAAAUAUUCUCGAGAGAACAAGGUGGUCAAUCAUCGCAACAAAGACCAACUCCAAUGUUCAAAUAUAAGCUUCCAUCUGGCUUGUCAUUGCGAGAUCUGCCGCCAUCGCUUAGACCUCCUCCGCCGAUGGGAUAUGAUUUCUCAAAAGCUGCUCAAUGGGGUUAA